AUGGGCUCGUGUGUCUCCUCUGCUCACAACAAGACCUCCUCCGCCUCCCUAAACAUUGCCGCUUUAAUCUCUAAACCCGACACGAUCGCUGCCACCACAUCGCUCGUCAGGAAUGACGUCAUCACUCCGGCGACGAACCAUCGAGACUCUAUCGUAGAUUCCGCUCGUCCAGAUACUGGUAAUGAAGAGGAUAUGAUGUUUUUCGAUUCACGGGGGUGGCUUGAUUCUGACUGUGAAGAUGAUUUCAUGAGCGUUGAUGGUGAGUUUACGCCCUCGCGUGGAUCAACACCAGUGCAUCACAAAUUCUGCAACCAAACUCCUCAAGCAGAGGACAAAAAACAUGAAGAUGAACCGUCUCCUACCGACAACAAGAAGAGACUCAUAGAACUCUUCAAAGAGACACAAGACGAGGAUGAUGAUGAAGAAGAAGAUGACGUUACAAAAGGCAAAGCAAGAGCAUGCCUCUGGCUAAGAACACCGGUUAGAUCUUCUGCGCCUGCGACUCCUUUUAAUAACAACGACAGAGAGAGACAGCACGAAAGACUCAAGAGGGUGAGAUCGGCUGCACACGGCGGCUGCGUUCCCCGUUUGGUUUCCUGUAGCAGCUUUACCGAGCGGCGACGAAAGUUGAUGAAUCAUGCCCCCAUUGAUGUCCAACGCUAA